AGCCAGUCACUGUUUUGAUGCUGAGCUUGGAGCAGAGAGGAGGAGUCACUCCGUGAACUGUUGGCCUGUCGCAUCUAAUCUGGAUUAAAGUACCGUCCACUCUGCCAGAACUCCAGUAAUGGUAUUAUGCUGAAGUGAACUGGCGUCUCCUGAAGCAAGCGAGAUUUGAGAGGUCUCUUGUUAAAACGUUGCUAGCGCGUAUAGGGCAAAGCAGAACUGCUUACUAUCUGUUUUUUUUUUUUAAAUCGUGGGAUUUUUAUUUUCGCCCAGGACCAGCUGUAGUGAUGGUAAAGUUAGGUGAAUGCUGCCAGCGUUCAGCGGAUGCAUCUUGGCGUGCAGCACAUCGCGCUCUGCAGCAUUCAGGCUGAACACUGCAGCCUGCGCUUGAAGCGCAUUUCUGCAGAAAACCAUGCCCUCUUCGCUCCGGACCUCACCCAAACUCUGCCACUGAUACCAUAGGGGUAUCUUUCCAAACACACCUGAUUCGGGACCUAAUGAGAUGGACUACACCGUACCAGAGAAGUGUCCACCCAGUUACAAACUCUGUCUGCUGGUGCCAUGCUUAUGUUAGCAGACUGCAGCUUUAUUUGUUUGAUCAGCUUCUAACUUUAGCUCCUGUCAUCAUGGAGGAGAGCAAGCUCAUUUUCAGCCUGGAACCCCAUGACGAGGGUCCCUCUGUGGCAUUCACUAGAGAGAAAUCACAAACCGAGGAAUGUCGGCCUGACCUCAGUCUAGAGAUAAAUCUGGAUCUGAACCAGAGUCACCAUUCCCGGCCCUUCUUCCUGCCACACUCCCCCUCAUCCCCAGGCUCUUUAUCUGACAUGUCAGCAUCCUCAGCAGGCCUGCUUGUCACCAGCGGCCUGGUCAAAUCCUCCUCCACAGACUUGGAGCCAAGGGAGAGUAGCACACUCAGAGGUAAACCUCUCCUCAGCCUGGUUAAGUCUCUCAGCACAGAGAUCUCACGACGGGUUGAGCCUGAAGUCAAUCUCUCCAAGUCAGACUCUAAGCUCCAUUUGCAUCCCUGGAAGCAGAUAACACAUUCAAAGAUCCAGGAGUCCAGUCCUGAAGCAGAAGAACCGAAAGGUAUUGAUGAUUUGGUAUCCACAGGUAACAUGUCUCCAACUGAACCCCGGGGCAGCUCCCUGAUUGCUGAGCUGGAGGACACAAGGAGGAAGUUCUCAGAAGCCAUGCAGGAUCCAUUGAGCAUGCUGAGUAAGAUCAUAGGGGAUGAGACUUCUGGAAGCCCCAAGCAAGGGAGGAUGCUAGAAACUGGGGAGUCACCAGCCUCCCAAGGCAGCUGUGGAAGAGAAGAGAGCAGUGAAGAUUCAGACUUUAGGUGCAGAAGGAGAACGGAGAGUGAUACUCCUCUCAAAAAACUCCAAAAGAACUCAUCAGCAAAAUCCAACUCUCCGGAACACCAUACUCACAACAGAGACAGCAAAUUAGAAAUCUGCACCUACGGGGAUGUGAUUCAGGUGGUGGAGCUCCAAAAUGGAUCUAGAGAGACACAUCAAAGAACUUACCCCCAGUCAAGAGUCACAGUAACAGGUUCAUCAUUGCCGUUUCAUUGGCUCUUCCCAGUGGGCCUUCUUGCUUAUGGGUUCUUCUUACUGCCACUACCUCCGUACGUGACAGGUCUGUCUGUGGGGGUUGCAUGUGGCUUCAUGUUGGGCUUGGUGAUGGUGUUCAUGUUUGCCCCGCGACAAACAGGUGCCAGAAGUAAAAAGAGGUCUCGGAGCAAAUUCAGUCCCAUGAGCAUGGAUCCACUGGAUGGACAGCUCACAGAUUCAGAAAUCCUAGAGGGCUGGAUGAAUGAAACACACAGCUAUGACCCAGAGACUUUCCACCCCUCUGUCACACAUUCUGUCUAUGUGACUCUGGAUGACAGCCGGCUGCGUCUGGCAUACCCACGUGCCAACAUCCCCCGGUGGGCAGCUUUCGAUGAGACACUCUAUGAGGCCGUGUUUUUGCAUUCAUACACUUACCAGCUGGCUAACAGUAAGGUGACUCUGGUGCCUCCAGGUUUGGCUCGUAAGAGAGUGUGGAACAAGAAGUACCCCAUCUGCAUCACUCUGGCUGAGGGGGAGGUGGGAGAGGAGAGCCUGUUCGAGGGGCAGGGAGAGGAAGAGAAGGCAGAGAAACGCAUAGUCCAGAGUCACCAGUUUCCUGUAACCCUCUACCUGUUUGGCCGAACAGGUAGAGAGAAGGAGGAAUGGUUCCAGCACUUUCUUUUGGCCUCCAGGGCUGGAGCUGAGAGCAGCACGACUGGUGAGGAGAACAUAGAAACACUAAGUGUUGGAGAGGCUGUUAAGGAAAGCACAGAGGAAUUGCCUGACUUGCCUUCUAAAACAAGGACCCUGCUGGACUACAAGACCUACAUGACUAACCUAUUAGGCUCAGAAAGAUGCAGUCGCACCCCCAGCCCCUGCCACAGUGACAAGGGAAGCCCCUCAACUUGUAAAAAGAUUCGUGGUGAAGAACGUGGUUCUGGAGGUGAAAGUGGAGGUGACCCUGGAGCAGCAGCUGAAUCCGGGAGAGGCUCUACAGAGGGCCAGCCCACAUGGGUGAACUCCCUGGUUGGCAGAAUUUUCUGGGACUUUCUCAGAGAGAAAUACUGGUCCGAUCAGGUGGCUCACAAGAUCCAGAAGAAACUCAGUAAAAUCAAGUUGCCAUACUUCAUGAAUGAGCUGACUCUGGCAGAUUUGGACAUGGGUACCUGCCUUCCUCAGGCUCUAAGCACAUCAAAACCUAUGCUGGACCGCAGAGGCCUGUGGCUGGAGCUGGAGGUGAUGUACACAGGCUGCCUUCAGAUGACCCUGGAGACUAAGAUGAACUUGUGUAAGCUGGGUAAAGAGGGAGAGGAUGACACUCACAGCAUUCUUGAGACCCAGCAAGUCAGCUCCAAGCCACGGCUCUGUAUAUUGGCAGAUAGUGAUGAAGAGUCAUCCAGUGCAGGGUCAUCUGAUGAAGAGGAAGUCCCUCCAUCUGAACCACAGGGGUCUUUGGGAGACAAGACUGUUGUAACAGGAGCUGAAGGGCACACAGGUGGUAGCACAGGGAGGAAGAUCCUGAGGUUUGUGGACAAGAUAGCAAAAUCCAAGUAUUUCCAGAAAGCAACAGAAAAUGAGUACAUCAGGAAGAAGAUAGCUGAAGUAUCCAACAUGCCUCUGAUGCUCAGUGUUGAGGUCCUGGAGCUCUCUGGAACUCUGGCCAUCAACAUUCCUCCUCCACCUACUGAUAGGAUAUGGUACAGUUUCAGAGUGCCUCCCAGGUUAGACCUUCAUGUACGUCCCAUGCUGGGAGAGCGAGAGGUCACUUUCACUCAUGUGACUGAGUGGAUUGAGAAAAAACUGCAGUGUGAAUUCCAGAAAGUGUUUGUGAUGCCUAACAUGGAUGAUCUAUAUUUACCUCUGAUGACAUCUGGUCUGGAAAAUCCACCUGCAUCCCAUCAGUCCUCAGUACAUUCAUCUUUCCAUCAGUCCUCCAUGGAGUCUCAAGACUACGUGUCUGAGUAGUAGCCCCCCCCCCCCCUUCCCCAGAGGGGAUUAAGAAAAGAUGCUGUUGUGCAGCUAUUGGCUAUUGUGAUGAAUCUGGUAGAUUCUAAGGCUGCUUUGGUUUUGAAAAACUAAAUGAUGACCUUCUUUUUUUUUUGAAGAAAUUGAUAUUCGAACAAUACAGCCACACACCCAUUCCGACUGCGCAAGAUUGCAAGAAACUGAAGACAAGGAGAUGAGAAUCUGAUAAGCACAUAAGUUAAGUUCAGUCAAGCAGCCGUGGUGCAUGAUAUGUCUCGGAUUUAUCUGUGGAAAAUAAAUCUGAUUGAGAAAUCUGAA